AUGACAGGCGACAUUCCAGUAAAGUACGAGAUCAGAGAGUUAACUACCCGUGAAAAGGAAUUAAUUAACGCUUCGCUUCCUAUACUUGAAGAGUCUGGGGAGAUAUUAACGUCCCAGUUUUAUACCAAUAUGCUUGCUGAUUUUCCAGAGGUGAGACCCUUCUUUAAUGAAUCUGAUCAAAGGACCAUGAAACAGCCAAGAAUUUUGGCAUUUGCCCUAUUAAAUUACGCUAAGAAUAUCGAUGAAUUAGCACCAUUAACAGCAUUUGUAAAUCAAAUAGUUGUCAAACAUGUCGGUUUACAAGUUAAACCAGAGCACUAUCCUAUUGUUGGUAAAUGUAUUUUAGAUACAAUGAAAUCUCUAUUAGGUCCAGGUACUGCAACAGAAGAGUUUUUGACCGCGUGGGCAACUGCUUACGGUAACUUAGCGCAAAUGUUAAUUAAUGCCGAAGCUGAAA